AGCAGCACCCCCGGCCGCCAGCAUGCCCGGGCUGCCCGCACAGGGCGGCGCCGGCGCCGGCGCCGGCGCGCGGAGGGAGCGCGGGCCGCCGCGGAGGCGCGCGGAGGGCGCCCCUGAGCUCACAGAGGGGCCCCGCGGUGCAUUGUGCUGCGUUGUGCUGCGCGGUGUUGCGUUGUGCUGCGGGGCAGUGCGCUGCUUUGCGCUGCGGUGCGGUGCUUUGCGCUGCGGUGCAGUGCAGUGCGGUGCAGUGCGGUGCGGUGCUUUCCGCUGCGGUGCGGUGCUUUCCGCUGCGGUGCGUUGUGCCGCGCCGCGCCCCGCAGACGCCGCUCCGCGCGCGCGUUGCUCGAGGGCGCCGGCGGGGGGCGGCUGCUGGCGACGGGCAGCAUGGUGCGAGCGCGGGGGGCGUCCGGCCCCGGGCGUCGCCUGCUGCUGCUGCUCGGCCUCCUGGCGGCCCUGCGUGCCCGGGACAGCCGGGCUGCUCCGCGGGCAGCGCCGGGCCCAGGCAGUGGUCUUCCAGCUUCUCAGCUGAAUCUGGUUGUUGAGCAUCAGGGGGAUGCCAGGGACGAGGCUGUGGUUAAUGGUUAUUCCGGUUCUCACCUGGAUCCCGUUGCUGAGGCUCGGGGUCUUCCCAGGGUUGUACAUCAUGCUUCCUCUUCAGGUGGUCCAAGAGUUGUUGAGCCUCGCAGGGGUGCCAGGGGCGAUGGCUACCGAACUUUUCAGCGGUAUCCAGUUCUCGUGCCUCGCGAGGAUCCCCGGGAUGUGGCUGUGGUUGAUGGCUAUGCCGGUUCUCGUCUGGAUCCUGUUGUUCAGGCUCAGGUUCUUCCCAGGGGCGAUGGUUACCGAACUUUUCAGCGGUAUCCAGUUCUCGUGCCUCGCGAGGAUCCCCGGGCUGUGGCCGUAGGGGAUGGAGAUCCCUCUUCUGCUCUGGAGCCUGGCCUGGAGACUCCGAGACAUCAUGGAGGUGUUCCUAUAGGCAGCGGCCUCCCAGCUUCUCAUCUGGAUGCCAUUGUUGUGCCUCAGGGGCAUGCCAGGGUGCUUCCAAGCAUGUCACAGCCUGGAGAAGCCCCCCGCGGCAGGAAAUACGCCUUUUUUCCAACGCGCCAAGGCCUUGCUGGUGACAAAGAUGCCGAGGCUGCAGCUCAUAAAGGCCGACAAAAGCAGUGUUUGGUCUUCACUGCAGCAGUCUCGGGUUCGUUGCUGUUUGGGGUACUGCUGACCUGUAAAGUCAUUUCCCUGCUGAGGAAUGGAAAACAAGAAGCGGUACCAGCUAAUCUUGCCGCUGCCUCCGACAGACAAGAGCCCAGUAUGGAGGAAGGAAGAGCAAAGCCCGGAAGCAAAAGAAAAAAGGAUGAGUUUACUAUAGAAAAUGAAAAUCUCAACAACAGCUCCAGUCAACUUCCGAUGCCUGUUCCAAACAGAAUAAUAAAAUACGUGUACAUAUUCCGAAGAGAAUAAAAAACCUGUUGGGCUAAAAUGUUGCAA